AUGGAAGGCGAAUCGAAAUCGGUGGAAAGAAGGGGAAAUCGAGGAGAAGCCCGGCGGGGGCGGCGACGAGGGCGACGAGGCGGAGACGAGAAAGAGGAGGAGACAAAGCCUUUGAAGCAGACGCAGCACGCACAGCUGAAACUCUGCGCUUUCGAGUGUGCGUUGCUGGCUCCUCGGCUGGUGAAGUUGGUGGAGAUGGGGAGGAUGCUGGAGCGCGACGAGGCUGCGAUGGUUUGGCGACUUGAAAUCUUUGGGGAUUGCGCAGCCGGCGCUAAAGCUCAUAUGGUCUGUGCGCUAUGCCCAGACCGCCGUAGGGGCCAGCGCAGCAGCCAAUCGCCAGAUUUGAGCUUAUUGGGUACAAGCUUUUUGGUGCUCGCCGCAGCAUUGGACGAGCAGAAGAUGCACGGCGCUGUAUGGAACGGUUGGGUUGUUCGACUGCGUCCGAUCAUCUCGUCUCACGUGCCAGCCGGUCGCGCCAAUUCUUCGGACGCAGCGGUACCUUUCUAUCACAUUUUGUUGAGCACUUCUUUCGCUGCCUCCGUACCCUCAGCCAACCCCGAAAGAAUGUCGCUGGACUUGGAAAAGCACUUGACGUUUUAUGGCGCAUACCAUCAUAACAGCGUCAAUGUGGCCAUUCAUAUGAUCUGCGUGCCUCUGCUGCUCGUAUCAGGAUUUGCGUUGGCCACGUAUACGGGUACAAUCGUUCACACGCCCAGCUGGGCAACCGUCCCAUAUCUGGAUCUCAAUCUGGGCACCAUCGGAGCUUUCCUCUACGCAGCGCUGUAUCUGCUGUUAGAGCCGGUAGCGGGCUUUGUUCUGGCUGCUUUCUGUCUCGGUAGCACAGCAUUCGUCAACUCAUGGCACCUUCGUGAUCCCAACUUGACCUUCCAGGUCGCUCUGGGAGUUCACAUCGUUUGCUGGAUCGCGCAGUUCAUUGGCCAUGGAGCUUUUGAGGGUCGGGCCCCUGCUCUGAUGGACAACCUCGUCCAAGCCAUCUUCCUGGCGCCCAUGUUUGUCUGGCUAGAGAUGCUCUUCAAGCUGGGGUACCGACGAGAGCUUCAGGCUCGUGUCGAGAAAGCUGUAGUGAAGGAGAUUGCCAAGUUCGAAGCCGCAUCAAAGAAUAGCAAGGCCAAUUAA